CCGCUGCCGAAAACCUCCGUUGCUCUCAUUGGUUCUCAGCCUUCAGGCCCCGCCUCCUUCCGGAUGGACCAAUUGAGGCGCGAGUUGUGGUUUAAACCGCGCGGUGUGAGGGGUCGUUGGUGGCGCAGUCUUGGAGUAAUCCAGCAUGGCUACUCUAAUCUUUGUUGAUAAGGAUAAUGAAGAACCAGGCAGCCGUUUGGCAUCUAAGGAUGGCUUGAAGCUGGGCUCUGGUGCCAAGGCCUUAGAUGGGAAAUUACAGGUCUCGACGCCACGUGUUGGCAAAGUGUUCAGUGCUCCAGCCUUGCCUAAGUCCAGCAGGAAGGCUUUGGGAACUGUCAACAGAGUUACAGAAAAGCCAGCGAAGACCAGUAGACCCCUCAAACAAAAACAGCCAACCUUGACUGUGAAGAAGAUCACGGAGAAGGCUACUAAGACACAAGGCUCUGUUCCUGCUUCUGAUGAUGCCUACCCAGAAAUAGAAAACUUCUUUCCCUUCAAUCCUCUAGACUUUGAGAGUUUCGACCUGCCUGAGGAGCACCAGAUCGCACACCUCCCCUUGAGUGGUGUGCCUCUCAUGAUCCUGAACGAGGAGAAAGGGCUUGAGAAGCUGCUGCACCUGGACCCCCCUUCACCUCUGAAGACACCCUUUUUACCAUGGGAGUCUAAUCCAAUGCAGUCUCCUUCCAGCAUUCUCUCCACCCUGGAUAUUGAAUUGCCGCCUGUUUGUUACGAUGCAGAUAUUUAAACUUUUUACUCCUUUAUAGUUUAUGUACAUUAUGUUAAUAAAGCAAUUGUGUGUGUGCAGAAUGUUAUUCUUA